AUGUUUGGGAAACAAGACAAAAUGGACGUUAGAUGCAAUUCAGAGGCGGAAGCGAACCGGGUCUCGAAGAACGGACAUAAAGAGGGCAAGGAAAGCAAAGGGUCUGAAGGAAAUAUUUCUACUUCUUUUUUGAAGGAUCAACAAGGGACUUAUUCUGCCUCGGCCGUUUCGGAAGAUUGUAAUAAAAGUAAAUCUAGUUCUGCCGACCCGGACUAUUGCAGGAGGAUCCUAGUUAGAGAUGCCAAAGGUUCAAUAAGAGAGAUUAUUCUGCCUAAAGGACUUGAUCUGGACCGCCCCAAACGGACCCGAACGUCUUUCACCGCGGAGCAGCUGUACCGGCUGGAGAUGGAGUUCCAGAGGUGCCAAUACGUGGUGGGACGGGAAAGGACCGAACUGGCCCGGCAGCUCAAUCUUUCGGAAACUCAGGUAAAGGUCUGGUUCCAGAACAGGCGCACGAAACAGAAAAAGGACCAAGGCAAAGACUCGGAGCUGAGGUCCGUGGUGUCGGAGACCGCCGCCACCUGCAGCGUCCUCCGGCUCCUGGAGCAAGGCCGGCUGCUCUCCCCGCCGGGACUGCCCGGCCUCCUGCCCCCCUGCGCCACCAGCGCCUUGGGCUCCGCACUGCGGGCCCCCAGCCUCACCAUCGGCACCACGGGCACCACCAGCUCAGGGACCGCGGGCGGCUCCCCGCACCCGCCAGCGGUGAGCAGCGCGGCUGGGCCCCCUCAGGCUGCGGGACUCCACGCCUCGCCCAGCGCCGGCCAUAACCUCUUCAGCCUGCCGGUGCCCACCCUCCUGGGCUCGGUGGCCGGCCGCCUGUCCUCUAAUCCCUUGACAAUGGCCGGAUCUCUGGCAGGAAACCUGCAGGAACUGUCAGCCAGGUACCUGAGCUCCUCUGCCUUCGAGCCCUACUCCAGGACCAACAAUAAAGAAGGCGCUGAGAAAAAAGCCCUGGACUGA